UAUAUUUAUGAAGACAAUAUUUUAAUCAGAAGGUCUAGGGUAUUGCAUAAUGUGUUGUUCCCAUGUUAUCAAACUUUAUAGCUCUUGAUAAAAGAUCGUAAUGGACUCCAGGUCAAGAAAGGUCAAUGGCAAUGAUUACCACUCAAUUAAAUUGAAUGAUCUACUGUAAUGUUUCCCAGUCGUAUCAGCCACCAGAGUCGUUUCAGUGGUGUUGUACAAUCAGUCUUAGAACAAUGAAACUAAUCAUUGGAAUUGUAUUCACUUCACUUGCUUUUUCAACCCAUGCCCAAGAGGAACUUUGUAAAAUUGAAAAAAACUUAAAAAUUUGUGAGAAUUCUGCUGGUGUAAUUGCUCAUGUCACCGUAGAAAACCCUUCAGCCCUUAAUCGUGGCAUCUUGGAGAUGACAUUCGAUGGCGAUACAACUAUUGGUUCGAAGGCAUUCAGCGAUCCGCGGGUCCGAGGAUUUCUCCUAGAAAUGCCCUACACCAACCAACGCAAUCAAUCUGCUCUUCCUACUUUGACUCUGCAUCCAGAUACCUUUGUUGAAUCAUCAAAUAUGUACCGGAUCUUCAUAAUGCACGCAAAUGUCAAUGUGAUUGGAGAAUCAUUCAGUCCCAUGACACAACUGACAUAUUUAAGAUUCAUGCACUGUGGCUUCACCGAUGUGCCUACUAAAAUGUUGGAAAGUACUGAAAAUCUGACCGAACUGUCAUUUGAGAAUAACUAUAUAAGAGUUAUUCGUUCCCAGGCAUUUGCUCCAGUGAAACUCCUCCGAGAGCUGCAUUUAGAAGGUAAUGGCAUUGAGAGUCUGGAGUUGGGUUGUUUUGAUGGUCUAGAUCAUUUGAAGGUAUUAACCCUGGACCAGAAUCAUUUUUCCUCAACACCUGGUAUUCUCAAAGGCCUGAACUCACUGGUUCGUUUGAAUAUCGAUGAUGCAUUUGAUGAGAAUGGAUUUAAUAUUGAUAUCCUUCAAAAUUUACCAGCGAUAUCUAACAUCAGAAUGGGCUUUAAUAACAUGACGACCUUGAAGCCUGACAUGUUCAGUAUUUUUCCUCAAAUAAGGCACUUGGCGUUGUUCGGAAAUCAUAUAACGAGGAUUCCAAAAGGGGUAUUCGACAGAGCCAGAUCACUCUUCGUGAUCCACUUGGCCAGAAAUGACAUUGGGUUUAUAGAACCGGGGGCAUUCUCAGGAUUAAAUGUGUCUCUUCUAAAUCUGUUGAAUAAUAGGGUUGAUAAGACUAUUGAGACUGAUACAUUCAGUGGCCUGUCUGUGGAUCGAUUACAGUUAGACAGCAAUAAUAUCACGGAAUUGAAAGCUGGAGCUUUCAACGCACUGUCCGCCCAGCAGAUCAUCCUAAGCUGGAACAAAUUAACGCAAAUUGAUGUUGAUGAUUUCUUGGGGCUUGAUACUGAGGAACUGGAUUUAAGUCAUAACUGUAUUUCAUCUAUUGCACCAAAUGCAUUCCAGAAUUCUAAAGUGAAGAAACUACGUCUGAAGGGAAAUCCACUGGAUCGUGUUGAUAAAGAUAAAUGGGGUCUUCCUGCAUCAGCAGAAAUAUCAAUGUUAUGAACUGGUGAAUAAAUAUUCCAACGUCAUAAAGACUCAUAAA